ACCCCAAGGCGCCCAUUGGGUGGCGCGGUCGGGGGCGGGGCCAGACCUUAAAGGGCCCCGAAACCAAAGAACUAGGCCCGUCCAUGGAGCCCAAACGUAACCAUCCGCUGUUCGGGGGAGCUUUCUCCAUCACCCUUCCCCCGGGGGCUCUGGACGUGAGUGAUUUCCGGCCGGUACCGGACAACCAGGAAGUUUUCUGCCACCGCGGGACGGAGCAGAGUCUCAUUGUUGAGCUUUUGGAGCUGCAGGCACACGUGCAAGGAGAAGCGGCCGCGCGGUACCAUUUCGAGGCCCUGGGAGGGGUGCAGGGGUCAGGGGACGAGCAAGUGGAAGCUGUGCAGCCUCUCUCCUUGCAAAAUCUGUCCCUUCGAGCCUGCCGGGAUGCCUGGGUCCUCUGCGGUCGGCAACGCAUGGCCAAGGAGAAUGAGAAUGAAAAGGAUGUGAUGUUACACCUGGCCCUAUUCCGAUUGCCACAAUAUGGAACUGACCUCCUGCUGACCUUCAACGAACCCACGUCUGGGAAUAAUAAUAAUAGGCCUAGCCAUGGCCAUGAAUCAGGCCAAAACCACCCACCCUGGACCAUGGUUGACUUUGAAAGGCUUGUAACUACCCUGACCCUCGUUGACCCCAACAUCUUUGGUCCCAGAUAAAGAUCUGAACUGCCCUCUGCCGCUGGUGUCUGGAUGUCUGGAUUCUCCAACAGAAGCAAGGGGUUGAUGGUUGCGGUUUCCAUCACUUCUCUGCUUCACAUACAGACAUAAGGCACCACUUUUGCAGAAAUAAACUUGCUUUAUAUCAA